AUGAGACUUAACUCAAGCGAUGACGUUGAAGUUUACGAAGAGAUCGGUCGAGGUGGAUUCGGCGUUGUAUACCGCGGCAUAAUCAAAUCCAACUCGCAAGAAGUUGCAAUCAAACAAAUUGAUCUUGAACAAGACACAACAGACUUGAUUGAAAUAAACAAAGAGAUCCAGAUCCUAAGUGAAUGCAACUCACCGCAAAUCACCGCCUACUACGGAUCAUUUGUCAAGAACUACAAACUCUGGGUCGUUAUGGAAUACGUUGAUGGUGGAUCCAUCUUUGAGUUGUUGACUCCAGGCACCAUAACCGACGAACCAACCAUUGCAUAUAUUGUGAGAGAAGUACUAUUGGCAUUGAAGUACCUACAUAAUCAAGGAAAGAUCCAUCGAGAUUUGAAAAGUCAAAAUAUCUUGGUUAACAAACGAGGACAAAUCAAAUUGACUGAUUUUGGAGUUAGCACACAAUUGAGUUCGAAUUUUUCCAAGCGCAAUACCACAGUGGGGACGCCAUACUGGAUGGCUCCGGAAGUGAUUUUGAAUUCGGAAUCUGGACAUGGCUUCAAAGCGGAUAUCUGGUCGUUGGGAUGUUGCGCUUAUGAGAUGUUGACGGGGAAACCACCAUUGCAAAACCAUAUUGCUCCAAUGAGAGCUUUGAGAUUGAUCUCACAAUGUCGAACCAAUGGCGAUUUCACCAAACUUGUCGAAUUGGAUCUGUUGGACGCGUCGAGGGAGUUUAAAGAUUUCCUAAGCUGUUGCUUUAUUGAAAAUACGAAAGCUAGAUAUGAUGUUUCCAAGUUGUUAAAGCAUGGGUUUGUUUGUGGGAAAAUUGAUGAUGGUGCCAAACUGGUUAAGAGAUUGAUCACUAGGAAACAAUUAUGGAACCAGCAAAAUGCAAGUUUUAAACCUAAAUCGUAUUACAUUGAGACUGAGAUGCAGCGUAACCAAGUGAAAUGGAAUGAUAAUGUUGACAAAUAUGGGGAGAAGCAGAUACCUGAAGUACAUUUCGAUAUUAGCUCCUUGAGCUGUAGCGAUAACGAUAGUGAGACUUUGCGAGAAUCUCCGCAAAGGGAUGUUUAUGCCGAGACAAAGUCACAUUUCGAUAAAAUACACACCAAGGUUGUGAGUAAAAUCGACUCAAAGUGCGGGCUACUGGAUGACCAGUUGAAAACAUUUGUCAACCUCAAAACAGACAUGACUACACUCAUAACCGAAAGUAACGACAAGAUUAUUCUAUUUCAGUACUUGAAAUAUUUAUACAAGGAAUUAUCCAAGGAAAAGAAUAACUCGAUAGGAAAGUUGGUCUUGCCACACAUACCAGCAAGGAGGGGGGAUGAACUCGCUUCAUCCGGUGUGCCGACAACCGCAACGUCAGCAACGUCAGCACAAUCAACAUCAACCACAACGUUGGCAGGAACUGCAACAAGAACAGCACUGAGGAGUAGAUUGCAUUUCAACAAGUUUGAUGAAAUAGAACAGAGUCUUUUGGAGUCGUGGUUGAACAAGACAAGGGUGUAA